GCCAGACAACGCCGGAGUGUAAUUGCGAGUGUCCGUGCCCCGUUUCCGAUUCCGCUGCACGUUUCCGUGAUGGAAUAUGUACACACCUGCGAAAAGAAGCGAAAACAAUCAUAUCGUUGAGGCGUCAUUCGUUGUGCAAUUCCCCCGCCCAUGGAAAUGCUCAACAAAAGUCAAAUAAAUGCAGUAAAUACAACCAAAAAAAAAUAACAUUGGUCGAAUGCCACACGUGAGAUUUGGCUACAAUGGAAAGCCAGGUAGACGCUUUAAAAUCCGCAUCGAAUUCAUUAGCCAACCCCUAUUGAUAAGCCAAAUAGACGUUUAUUCAUUUUAAAGCUAUUUUAAAAACAUUUCGCUAAUGCACUUGACCUAUUUAAUAUGUGUGGCAACUGUACUGCUUAUUCUUCCGCAUUUUUCUGAAGGACAAAAAAGAACGGGUUUGGUAACCGCACUUGAGGUAAAGAAAUGCCUAAAUGUUACAAUCCUAAAAAAUGUAAAUAAAAAAAAGUUAUUGGGUGUUUGGUUCGCAUAUGCAACAACACCAGUGAAUAUACCCGUCUAUAAACGUCGUUGUUCAUCGUAUAAUGUUAAGGAAAGUACCUAUUUCGAUACCAACAUCGUGUAUACGGACUACAAGCAAGUGACUAUCACCUACGAAUGCAAAUACAACGACAUGACCAUGCUGAACGAUCUUAAAAUCCGCGUUUUAACACGCACUCGAACCCCUGCGGUCGAGAAUUUAAACAGAGCCUUAAUCUUUCUAGAUUCACUUUCAUUUCCAAUAAGUAAAUUGGAUUUCCUCAAGGCGAAAGCAUUCUGCUUUGAGUGGUACGAAUUGAAAUACCACUUGAAAAUCCGACCGGGUCGAUUCAAUGCGCCCGUCAACCGGGUUUGGGAUCAUUGACGAUGUGGCCGUUGAUGACAGCAUGAAUUAAUUGCAUAACUAUCGCUAAUUAUUACAACAUAAUCAAGGGAGGAGCUGCAGCCGUGGAGAGGAAAUCGUAUAACUUAAUUAGCCUGGGCUGGCCCAACCAAAAUCAAUUACCAACGACAGUCGCACUUGACUGAUUGGGCCCGGGUCCUUCAAGGAACCCAAUUGUGCUGAUUUCAGUGUCCUUGCUCCCAAAACUCACACAGAAAUUUAUAUAAAUAUAUACAUGUGCAUAUAUUGACACACAAAGAAAUUUAGACAUCCUAUUCCACUGAUUUGAAUUCCAUUAAAAUGAAACUAUUUAGCAAACAUGUAGAUGUACUUGAA